GUCGGCAAGCCCAGAUCACUGGCGAUGCUCGGCAGGAUCUGGUCCGUGCAGCUCGGAGGAAUGGCUGGGAGAUGCAAAGCUUUGCAGAGAUCGUUUGCGGGGAGCCGCCACUGCAUCGAGACCUGGUUGACGUUUGCAGCCCUUUCGAGCUGGCGGUGCUGACCCGCGCCUGGCGCAUGGACUUUGGCGCGCCCUCGCCGCGGAAGGAGCUCCGCAGGCGUCCGGCCGAACGGCAUCAAGCCGACAGGGAGCACUUGCAGGAGCGGCAACACUAUAUCGGUGGCCACAGCCACAUGUAUAUGCUAGAUGACUAUGUCGCCGCAGAUGAAGAGUGCCAGAACCGGCACGACGUCAAAGUGGUACGGGAAGCUUGGUCGGAUGACAAUCGCUUUCACCGCGAAGAUGAGAGGCCGGUAGUGGUGUACAGUGACUGGAAGGACCAGGCCAGGAGCCGUUGCACAUGUGGCGCUACGUUCCUGCCGGACUCGCGCUUCUGCCGUCAUUGCGGGCGCCGCCGCUAUGAGCAGGUGCGCUACGAAGCAGAUGGGGAAGGAUCGCCGAUGUCGCCGGUGAAGGACCUGGAGCGGGACGUCCGGCCUGCCACGGACGGGCGACGGGAAGGUGGAAGGAGUUUGGCCAAGGAGACCCUGGAUCGCCCAAGCCCGCGUGCAAGAGUGGAUCUGAGUGAUGCGUGCGCAGUGGCAGCAAGCUAUGAUGGCACCGCGGUCUAUGUUGCCGGCCGGAGUGGUUUGAAGCGCUUCGACCUUCCGGAUUUGCAACUGACGGCCUCAGCGCCGUACAAGGGCACUGCAGAGCCUGCCGGCUACGCAGACGUGGCGGCAGGUGACGGCUUCGUGGUGUGUGUGGACCUCGAUGGCUGCGUCUUUCGAUUCAGCAAGAUGUGCGAGCUGCAGGCAAAGCGGGCUUAUCAGCCCUCCGUGGUAAAGCACUCGCAGCGCCUGGUGGCGAGCCAGCUGGAGCGCUCUGCUGUCCCGGUGUUGGGCCUGGAGGGAGGCUUUGGCGGGGCCUCGCGGCUGGCAGCCAGCAGCGGCUUCGUGUACCUCGGAGGUUGCGACGGCGUGGUCACCACAUAUGCCGCAGGCACUUUGAGCCUUACGUCACGCUGCCGCCUGGGGACCGCUGGUAUCCGAGCACUGUUCCUCUCAGCCUACCAACGCCUGUACUGCGCGGAGCUCUCCUCCGUGCACGUCCUCGCCCUGCCCGGCAUGUAUGAGCUUGCGCGGCUGCGGGGCGGGCCCCGGGUGCCGGUGUUCGGCAGCAUCAGCGCCGUGGUUGAGAGUAGCGCUGGGGACUAUGCCUUCGUAGCAGACGUGGGGGGCCCGCGGGGCAGCCCAGCGAUCUGA